CCCGCCCGCUUCGAUCCUCACCCCGAACCCUAGCCCUGGCCUCCCACCCGCCGCGAGAUGCGCUGCCCGCCGCCCCGAGCCGCGUGCUGAUCCUCCGACCGCCGCCUCGCCCGCCAGCAUGGGCCGCUUCGGGCUCGUUCGCGCCGCCGCAGCCGCCGGGGACGGCGGGGGCUGCCUGCCUCUACCGAUUAUCGCCGCGGAGGCCGCGCUCGCUGCCAUCGACGCCGCCAUUUCCGCCGCCGCCUUCGUGCAGUUAGUAAGAAUUCACAGACACAAUCAGCAACAUGGAUGGACUCGGCAAAAGAUAUUCCAUAUUAUGAUUGGCCUAUGCAACAUAGUAUUCGUUGUGUAUUUCAUGUCCACCAUCAUUGCUACCUGUGAGAGAUGGGUUUGUUGGGUACAUGGAUGUGGCUUUGUUCUUAUGGCUAGUCCACAAAUACUGCUUCUUGCUUCUUUUCUGCUACUGCUGUCAUUCUGGGUUGACCUGUGUCAUCAGACAAAUGACGAAGAUGAAGAUGAUGUAAGAAGUCAUCAUGAAGCUUUACUAGACAGAACAAAAAACAAACUCAGCACCCGUUCCGCUGAUGUCUGUCGGAAGUGUUGUCCAGGAAUACAGCUUGGAAGUCGGCAAAAAUUUGUAAUUUUGGUGCUUGUCCUGUCAUUUGCCGUUAUGCUUGCCUUUGCCAUCCUCAUCUGGUUUGGUAGGGGAGAAAAUCCUAUUGAUUCAUCACUACUAAAAAAGGUUUAUUUGGAUGUAUUUUCAGUAGUUGUUCUAGUACUUGGCGGUGCUUUGGCAUGUUAUGGUGCAUUGUUAUUCUCAAAGAUGAGCAAAGUGCGCUCUGAAACUGUGUCAACUGAGAAAUGGAAGGUUGCAAGUUUAGCUGCUGUCUCACUGAUUUGUUUUUCGUCUUCUGCUAUACUAGCACUUGUUACCAAUGUUCCAGUGCUUUUGUAUUGGUACUCAACAGAUGCGGACAUCAUCAACAAUGCUGUCAUAUUGUUUUUAUAUUAUUUUAUAGGCUCAUCCGUGCCGUCAGGAUUUGUUUUAUGGGUCAUGAGAGAUAUGCCUCAACGGCCGACAGUAGAAAGACCCACACAGUCAAGAGUGGUUACGUUGUUCAGGGACAGACCAUCUACUACACAGGAUCCACAGUGGAGAACUGCUGUUACAUCCUCUAACAAGGCCCUUAAAUCAAGCCCAAUUUAACCUGAAGACACAAACCAUUGACGUGGAAGCUUUUCAGUUUGCAUAAUGUGCUGGGACUUCUACCAACACAUCAAGUGACACUGGCAUCUACUUGGUUGCUGACGACUGUCCAGUACAUGAUGGAUCUGUAAUUCCAAGGUAGCUUUAGUGAUGUAAACAACGGAAUUACCUGUGUAUGUAGCAAGAUUCUUACCCAAUCUAUUGUGCAUUAUGUGUGUAUGGAGUAGAACUGAGGUUGGGCAAGGUUUGAAGCGGCAAGCCAACAAAUGUAAAUAGCUUUUAAGAUUUCUGUUUAAUGCUAUGUUGUUGGUUCCUUUACCAGGGAGUUUUUCCCUGGAUAUGGAAGAUGACACUUUGAGUAGGGUUUCUCCUGUA